AUGAGAAUCAAAGAUGGGUCAAAAUCAAAAAAGCAGCAGAGAGCAGAGAGCAGAGAGCAGCGGUACGAAGGAAGAUUGAAGAAGAAGAGUAACAAAGAAGACAAGAAACAAGUGACGACGGCUACUGAGAAAAUGCCAAUUUAUAUAUUUCCUCUCCUCAAGAGAGGGAAACAAAGCAGGUGGACAGGUAGACCGUGCCAGAGUAGUAGUAGUAGUAGUAGUAGUAGUAGUAGUAGUAGUAGUAGUAGUAGUAGUAGUAGUAGUAGUUAA